AUGACGACAGCAUCUCAAAGCUAUUACUACAUCGGAGUCGACGUCGGCACCGGAUCAGCAAGAGCCGCGCUGGUCGACACUGACGGCAACAUCUUGUCCGAGUCGAGCUACGCCACACAGACGCACCGCCUCGAUUCCGACUCGCGCAUCUUUGAACAGUCGACCACCGACAUCUGGGAGUGCAUCACCAAAUCGGUCCACGACGUCGUCCAGGGCAGCAAGGUCGACCCCCAGCAGGUCAAGGGCAUCGGUUUCGAUGCUACCUGCAGCCUUGCCGUCACCGACUUCGAUGGUAAGCCGAUGAGUGUCACGCCCGAGCCGGAGGCAAGAUGGGGCCCUGGAGAGCGCAAUGUCAUCCUCUGGGCAGAUCAUCGCGCAGAAGACGAGGCCAAGCUCAUCAACAAAACCGGAAACAUGGUCUUAAACUACGUCGGAAAGACGAUGUCGCUCGAGAUGGAGAUCCCCAAGGUGCUCUGGCUCAAGAAGCACAUGCCGGCAGAGACCUUCUCCAAGUGCAUGUUCUUUGACCUGCCAGACUACCUGACCUACCGAGCCACCGGGUCUCUUGCUCGGUCCAACUGCUCCCUCGUCUGCAAGUGCUCGUACGUUCCUCCCGGCGUUGACGGCUCCGAGCUCGGCUGGCAACCCGAAUUCUUCAAGCAGAUCGGCCUCGGAGACAUGGUGACCGACGACUUCAAGCAGCUUGGUGGCGUCCCCGGAAGGAACGGCAUGGUCCUGACUGCAGGUCAGCCGGUCGGCAACGGGCUGAGCGCUGCGGCAGCCAAGGAGAUGGGCCUCGAACCGGGAACCGCUGUCGGCUCCGCGCUCAUCGACGCCUACGCAGGCUGGGUCGGCACUGUGGCUGCUCCCGCCACCAACGCUGUCGACGAGAGCUCCAACCAUCCCGACCUGAUCAAUUCACAGAACAGGCUCGCGGCCAUCGCGGGCACCAGCACUUGCCACUGCGUUCAGAGCCCCGACGGCGUGCUCGUCGACGGCGUAUGGGGCCCGUACAAGCACGCCGUCUUCCCGGGCAUGUGGAUGAACGAGGGUGGUCAGAGCUCCACUGGACAGCUCAUCGACUUCGUCAUUGACACGCACCCGGCCAUCGCCCGGCUGAGAGAAGAGGCUGCCACGACGAACCGCAACACCUUCAACGUGCUGCACGACCGUCUCAAUGACCUCACCUCGCAGGCCAAGGUGCCGCACACGUCCUACCUGACACGCGACCUGAUCGUGUACCCCGACUUCCACGGCAACCGAUCCCCGCUGGCCGACUCGUCGAUGCGCGGCAUGAUCAGCGGUCUGAAGCUGGAUCGCUCCUUGACGGACCUAUGCCUGCGCUACUACGCCACUCUCGAGGCCAUCGCGCUGCAGACGCGCCACAUUAUCUCGGAGAUGAACGAAAAGGGCCACAAGAUCGACUCGAUCUACAUGAGCGGCGGCCACGUCAAGAACGCCGUAUUUAUGCAGCUCAUGGCCGACAUCUGCGGCGUGCCCGUCCAGCUACCCUUCAGCUCCAGCGCCAGCGUCGUGGCGGGCUCGGCGAUCCUGGGUCGCUUCGCCGCAGAGGUCAAUGAUCCGCAGUCGGUGGGUGCGUCCGGCCAGUUUGCUCCCAAGCAGCCCACGAACAUUGCGGACCAGGAGACGGCCGAGAAGGCAUCGUUUGAGCACAAGGACCACCUCUGGGACCUCAUGAUCCGCAUGACGAAGCCGGGCACGUUUGUCUUCCCGACCGAGGACAAGAAGCUCAAGGCGCUUUUCGACGUCAAGUACCAGAUCUUCCGUGAUGCCAUCGUCGUGCAGAGGAAGUGGCGCGGAAUGAUGGACGAGGUUUGCGACCAGUAG